GUUUUGCUUCAUCAUCUCAUUUGUAAUAAAGAUCGUUUAUCCUCCCAUUAAAUCUACCCAGCAAGGAGUGUAUUGAAGACUUGAAACAAAUCUGCAAUCUCAAAAAAUAUUUCACCCAAUACCAUGACCGCACAGAGCGAUGGCGAGCCUCCAGAUGGGAAAUUCAGUCACCUCCGGACUUCCAAAUCCAGUCAACGAUUGAACCAGGUCGAGAAGAUCAGAGCGCACGGUGUAGGCGAUCUGAUCUCAUUACCAGCAUUGGUCGUCUGUGGAGACCAGUCAACUGGUAAAAGCUCGGUGUUGGAGGGCGUUACCGGAAUACCCUUUCCUCGACAAGAAGGACUCUGUACUAGGUUCCCUAGUGAGAUCAAUCUUCGGCAUACAGAAUGCGAGUCGGUUACGUAUACCGCCAGCAUCAGGCCGCACAUCUCGCGGCCUGCAGAAGUUCAACAGACUCUGUCUGCCUAUCGCAAACAACUGAAGGAUAUAUCGGAGUUGCCUGGUGUUAUCGAAGAGGUAUCACGGUUGAUGAAUAUUCGUGGAUACUGCGACAAUGAAAAUGCCAGCGCCUUCUCUGUUGACGUUCUUCGAAUAGAGGUGGUCGGCCCAAUUGGAUUGCAUCUCAGCGUGGUGGAUUUGCCAGGGCUCAUAUCUGUUCCCAACGAAGAGCAAACCGAAGAGGAUGUCGAAGCCGUACACAACAUGGUAGCAUCGUACCUUCAGAGCUCGCGAACGAUAAUUCUGGCCGUGGUACAAGCAAGCAACGACAUGGCCAAUCAAACUAUUAUUAAGUUGGCGAGAACUCAUGAUCCCCUUGGCCAAAGGACCGUUGGGAUCAUCACAAAGCCUGAUUUAAUAAAUAGUGGCAGCGAGGCCAAAAUUGCACUGGUGGCGAACAAUAAAGACAACAUUAAGCUCAAAUUAGGAUUUUUUCUCCUAAAGAACCCCAGUCCCGCUGAGCUUAAAGAAUGCGUCACUAUGGCUGCACGCUCGAACCUAGAGCGGCGGUUCUUCUCUGGUCCGGCCUGGGCUAACCAAAAUCUCGAUAUGAGUCGGGUAGGCGCAGAGAAUCUCCGGAUUUUCCUUCAAGAUCUUCUCGAUACUCAUAUAGAGAGAGAAUUGCCCAAAGUGAGGGAGGAGAUUAAAAAGCUGUUGGCUGAGAGAGAUGCUGAGCUUAGAUCUCUUGGAGAGGCCAGGCCUACAACCGAUCUCAUUAGGAAUUUCCUCACAGCCCUUAGCAUGAAGUUUUAUGAGCUGUUACAGGCCGCGCUUGAUGGAAACUAUCACAGUAUCGACACUAGGUUCUUUUCAGAGAGCGACAUAUCGAGGCUAAGAGCCCGCGUGCAAGAGUCAAACACCAAGUUUGCAACCUACAUGCGAGAGUCUGGGAAAAGACGAAAAUUAAAAAUUGAAGUCAAUCGUGAUCAUACGGUGCCGGAGUCUGACGACUCGGAAGAUGACAAAUUGGAUGACAUUACAACACAAGUUAUUGUAAACAAAGCGGAAAUGAUGCGAUGGGUGAAAGAGGCAUAUGCACGUACAAAAGGAAAAGAGUUACCUGGCAACUAUAACUCAGCACUCCUGGCCGAACUGUUUCACGAGCAAUCGCGUCGCUGGCCUAUUAUUGCAGAAUCCCACAUCGAUACGAUUCUCAAGAUAGUAUCAGAGUGGAUUCAACUGGCUGUCGAAAAACUCAUCCCCGAAGAGAGUAUGCGAGCUCAAAUCCACUCAAUCCUACAGCAAUGGCUUGAAGAGACCGAGAAGAACGCACUCAGUGAGCUGGAAAAGUUGGUCGAAGACGAGCGACGCAGUCCAUUGACGUAUAAUCACUAUUAUACGGACAAUGUCCAAAAAGCUCGGCUGGAUGCGCAGAAAAAAGCGGUGGAAAACGCCGUUUCUGCUGAAAGAGAUGUUAACGGAAAGUUACAUGUUAGUAACGUUCACGUGGAUAUCCAGAAGUUCAUCGCUGCAGUUGGGUCUCGCAUUACUGUGGAUAUGGAUGAGCAGGCAUGCCACGAGGCGAUCACAGAGCUGGACGCAUACUACAAGGUUACAAUGAAGACUUUUGUCGAUAACGUCGCGAGACAAGUCAUCGAGCGCCACGUUAUAGCACCCUUGCCAAAUGCUUUCUCUCCAAAUUCUGUUUCUCAGCUAUCCGAAGAAGACUUGCUCCGAAUCGGUUCAGAGUCUGAGAAACAGAUCGCCAGACGGGAGAAGCUGGCUUUGCAGGUCCAGGGCUUGAAGAAGAGCCUGCGAGAUUUGCAAAAGAGCUCAUUGUGAUGCCGUUGACAGGCGCAGUCCGUUUUCUCAUCGUAGCAUUUCCGCUAUGUUUACAAUAACUUGAGUUGUAAUGUCAUCCAAUCUGUAAUCUUCUGAAUUAUUAGACUUGGGUUUUGGUUGUUUCACGAUUUUACCUCUCGGCUGUGGUUUUCCCACUGGGUUUUUCCACAACUGUAACGCAAAUGCGGAGAGAGUAUGUUAGUUUUGCAUGAAUAAAUGAAUAAAUUGGUUUCAAUAAUGAUGAAAAACUCAUACAAUUAAUAAGCCAG